AUGUCACUCCCGGAUUCCACGGCUGAUGUCACUCCAGGAGCCGGCAUGAUGUGCCAGGCGCCGGCCGGUGCGGCCGAGGCUCCCCCGGUGCCGCAGCAUGCUGUGGCAGCGGUGGCAGCACAGACGAUGCCGCAGGGGAUCGGAACCAUUCCAGGGAUGCUCCCCGCGCGUGUGAUGACCCAG